AUGUUCUCCGAAAGAUGCCCCUUCUGCAAUAUCGGGGCAACGAACCCGCCCGCCCCCUUCACCGAGGCCGAGUCUAGACUGGCCUCUCCGGACGCAGCCUCUGAGACAACGGCGCAUAUGAUUCUCUCUACCGAUCAUGUCCUUGCAUUCUUGGAUAUUAUGCCUCUCACGCGCGGCCAUGUUCUUGUAGCGUCUAGACGGCACUAUGAGAUGCUGGGUGACAUGGGCGUUGAGGCGGGACAAGAGAUGGGGAAGUGGCUUCCCAUUCUUUCACGAGUCGUGACCAAGACCGUGUUUGGCGAUGACCCUGAUAGACAUUGGAAUGUUGUACAAAAUAACGGCGUCCGUGCUGCGCAGGUGGUCCCUCACGUCCAUUUUCAUAUCAUUCCCCGCCCGUCUACAUAUGCUGCUAAGCCGGGUUUUGCCAUGUUUGGCAAAGGUCAGCGAGAAGAGCUCGACGAUGAGGAGGGCGCAGAGUUGGCGCAAGCCAUGAGAGCCGAGUUGGCGCUGGAGGUCCAGCGCAUUCAGGAGAAUGAGGGUAUCGACCUUAGCCAGGGAUCAUCAGACAAGCAGUGGGGGAAGUUGUAG